AUGUUGAUGCUGGUAAGACAUCGCAUGCGAUUCGACCCGAAUAUGCAUCACGUUGUGGAUUUCAUCGCGAUUUGUUGCUAUUCAAAUCUACGCAUGUAUAUCUCGCCUUUUGAGCGCAACGACAAGCAUAACAAUCCACAUUUUUCUGCGCUUCAAAGACUAGCUACAACACUUCUUUGUGACCAAAUAAGAAGUGACCUAGCAAAAGCAAUUAUCGAAAUACGCAUUGCUGAGUUUGUGAAUGGCUUUUGGUCAGAAGAAGUGAACGUGAGUGGAUGUUGGAUGAUCGAUGAUAAACAAGCAUUCACAGUGAUUGCCGAGAUUCGAGAAUGGGGUGCUGGUAAGCGUGGUGAAGGAAGAGCUGACGCUGACCCACAAUCAGCNAAUUUCGAAUUGAUACCUCUUAGACCUGGCUUCAAAACGAAAUCCGCUCAACCUGUGCUCAUACUGGUGAGGGCAUUCAGUGGAGAUGUAUCGACGCGAAGGGGACUCGUAGAGAUAGAAACAACGUGUAUCUGUAAGGAUCGUCGUAAAACACAAACAUCGAUUGUGAGUAGAGUGAACAUCGGUGAUAUACUGUCGCUGUCACUGGAUGACGAUUUUGUAUGUCGUGCAUUGCGAAUCCAGGCGUUUCGCAAGAUCGGCUCACGUAUCUCGCGUAAAGUGACACUCAUCUUGCCAUCGUUCGACAACUCACCAGCGAUCAAUUUCGAUUGGAUAUCCACUAGUCUACCUCAUUCGGCCACCUUUAACGUCGGCGAUAAAUUCCGAGCUUUUGUGCCGAUCGAUAGCGCAUCGAAACUCAAUUAUUUGGUUGUGUGCAAUAAGGCGUCAAUAGCAACAGCAGGUCGCGCGAGAGACGAUGGUCUAAUAAUAUUCGAGAUUAAUUCGAAUAUGAUUGAAUAUUGUGUCUUGUAUGUGUUCAAUAUCGAUGAGGAUGUACGCACCGAUAUGAUACUUUUUUUCGUGCGACAGCAAUGCCCGUAUUCAAUAUCAGUGUCAACGAAUAAGAUUGUUCCAAGUGAAACGAUAAAUAUAACCCUAAAGGGAGGCUCAAAUGGGCUUGCGACACUCUCCGCUAUUGAUGCGAGAAUGCUGAGACUUUUUGAGACUCUCUCAUCAACAACUGUCGUUCACUACUGGGAUCUAUCGUUUUUCAAUAAACCCGAACUCAAGGAUGACCAAAUUCGACUCAUCAAUUUUCUCGAUCCUAAAUCGCUCAUAGACUCAUUCACGAGUGCAGCGUGUGAUCGGAAUGUUCAAUCAUGUGAACUGAUCAAGCUUGCUGGAAUGCCUUAUGUUGCUCGCAUUAGUACAAAACCUCCGCUGCUACAAUAUGGAGGAGUAAUGAAUGAUGCGGGCAUUAUGAGAGGACUGAAGAAGCCUUCGAUCAGAAUAAGGGAACUCUUCCCUGAAGUUUGGCUAUUCGAUGACUUCAUUCUCGGGCGUAGUGGACGCAAGACAGUGCAACUGAAUUCGCCGGAUUCAGUUACUCAGUGGGCAAUCAGUUCAUCGUUUUGGUCAGUUGGUGACAUGGACACAUGCUCACCAGUGAGCCCAACUGUGACCAGCUCGAAGGACACAUUCAUAGCCGUCGAGGUACCGAAUCACGUCUAUGUCAACGAGACAAUUACCGCUCGUGUCACUGUCGUCGCUGAGAAUAUUGACGAACAUAAAUUG